AUGGCGGCGCCCGUGGCCGCGCUCCGGGCCUGGUCGGAGGCGGUGGCGCGGGCGGAGACGGCGGCACGGGGAGCUCUGGCAGCCACGGCCCCGCUGCUGGGCUCGCUGGCCGCGCUGGCGGCGCAGAUGCGGGCGGCGCGGCGGCUGCCAUGGGACGCCACGGCGCUGGGCGCCUUCCCGGAGCUGCGGGCGCGGCUGUGGCGGAAGCAGCGCGGCGCGGCCGAGGCGCUGCUGGAGCAGCUCGGCCAGCGGCGGGAGGAGCUGCGGGCCGUGCGGGACGCCGUGGGCGCCGCGGGCAGCGCCGUGCUGCGGCUCGUGGAGGAGCGGGGCCCGGCCGAGCUGGGGCUGGCCGCGGUUCUGAGGCGGGGGCCGCGCUGCCCCUCGCUGGCCGAUGUGCUGGAGGGGCUGCAGGACGUGGAACGCUACUACCGGCACCUGUACUUGGAGAUCAAACUGCUCCUGCAGCGCCUCAGCUUGGACAGCCUGGCAGACGUGGAAGCCGUGCCGCAGUCCUGGGAGAGGAUUUUGGAGCGCUACAAAGAAGAUGAGGUUGUUCAAGAUACUCUCCUGAAGGUCUCACUGUUUGUGGAGAACCAUCACGAGGGUGGGCACUGCUGGUGCAGUUCUGCUUAGAAAUGGGGACCUGCUCUUGGUAACACCAGAUUUCCAAAACAAACCCAAAAGCUUUGCUUCAGCCUAAGCUCAUGGAUUUGAAACAGAUUUCAAAACUGAGUGUAUUACAAGAGCCCACAGUUAUGGAAAAGACAAAGGAUUUGGCACCUGAACUGAAGUGCAAAGUGGCUCAGAGGCAGAAAUAUGUAAUAAAAAGCUUUGUGAUUAAUUUAAUAAACCAAGUAUGGGCUUCACAA